GCUCAGAAAAGUUCCCAACAACAAAGAAUGAAAGAAAAAGAGAUUCUCCGUUUGAAGCCUUUAAUCACCAAUGUUGACAUUAAAGUGGCGGCUGCAACAGAUGUCUCUAACGACAAGAGAAGUCAAAUAAUAUGCAUCGUGACCGAAAAAGAUCAAAUUAUUUUGAGAUAUGUUACCGAGACGGCCGAAAUCAUUUUGAAAAAAGUUGAUUGGUUUCAAGAAAAUGAAAAAAUCAUUCAGGAUGUUGCAUUCGAUCCUUCUUCGGUCUGGUUGUUGGUUCUAUGUCUGGAUAAUACACUUCAUAUUGUUCCAGCAUUGAGUAUAUGUGACAAAUCGAUUUCGUUCAAGUGUAACUUUGCUUCGAAUGAAAUAACUUCAUUUAUCGUGCCAUUUAUUGGACCACACGAAUGUCCAAACAGCCAAAAGUGUCCAAAUCAUGUAAUUGAUGCAUCACAAGACAUAUUGAAGCGAAAUGGAGUGAGACGAGUAUUCAUCAAUCGUUUCCAACGUGAAGCUGAAGGGAAGAAAGAACAAUUUAGCACUACCGCUAUGGAAGCUUCAACUGGCUCUUCUGAAUCAACAAUGUCAUCAUGUCCCUUUCCAACGGCUGUGAUCUGGGGGAAGACACAUUUAGAUGAGAAUCGUGCCAUUAUUGGAUAUUCUGAUGGAUGUGUUGUUGUUGUUUUGUUAGCUAACAAUUGCCCCUUCAUUGGAAACACAAUUAUCGAGAAGAGCUGCAUUGAAAGGUUUGUAAUGUGUAAGGAUAGCGGCAUGGACACAGUUACGUUGAUGAUCAACACAGUAACGAAAGAGCAAUACAAAAUUUUAUUGGAACAAAAGUCGACUUCCUACACUUUUCCAUCGGACACGAAAAACUUCGACGAACGAAGAUUUCAACAACGUGAGUGUGAAAGUGAUUGGGAAGCUGUAUCAGCAUCAGGAAGUUCUGUGGACUUGCAAGACUCAAAAGAAAGCAAUGAAAGUGAAGCAACAACUUCAGCUGCUUCUGAUUUGAAGUCGCGAUUGCUUUCACUUCGUGAUCUUGGCGCUAGGAAAAUUGGCAACUUAAAGUUGAAGUUAGCAGAAAGUCGCAUUAAAGCAGCACGAGAAAAAGAUAAGAAAAACGAUCAAUCGCAAUUUUCAAUGCUUAAUUCAGCUUCAAUUGCUCCGGAAUUGUUAACAACGCCAUCGGGUCCAUUUUUCAUUGUUCAAAAGCCGAACAAUAAGAAUUUGAUGAGUGCGUUUCAUCCUUACUCAGACACACUCUCGAUUCACAAUAUUGAGAUCAUGAUGAUACCAAGCUCGUUGUAUAAGCUUCCAGCUCAUACCAAAAAUGUUCUUCUCACUGAAACUGUUCUUUAUGUUCAUCAAAACAAUUCAUCAACAUCAGUCACGAUGACAGAAUCAACGCCGGUAAUUUCAGGAAGUGCUUCAAGUAGUUGCAUCACAACUGUUGGACAAUCCAACUCAACAACAGAUUUAGGCACGUCAGCAACAAAUUCUAGUCAAGAAUCCGAUAAAUUGAAUAAGAACGAGUCGGGUGAUAAUUUUGAGAACGUGAUAAGUGUAAUAAGUUGUGCAUUGACGACGACAAAGAUUGGAGAUGAUUGCGAGUUCAAUGAACGAUCGAUUCUGGGUUCCUUUAAGUUUCCUUCGCACGAGAGAGUUUUAAACGUCUUUCAAAUGUCAUCAGUCGUGAAUUCUGUCAACAAUGAAGCAGGAAAUGCUGGCGAUGAGACCCAUGAUCAAGUUGAGAUCAAAUCGACAUAUUCAAAGUACUUAAAUUAUCAAUCAAAAAUCAAAAUAUCGAACAAAUUUGAUGACACCGAUCGAAAGGUGUUAAGAAAUGUUUUUCCUCGAGUGAUAUUCGAUAAGUGCCUGAUUGUGACGACUCACGGUGUUUAUUGUAUUGAAAUGAAGGAGAAACCACACGUGACAUUCUUAAAUCUUGCUGCUUCAUCAUCAUGGGGAUUGUGCGAUGAUUUCUGUAAGACUUUCAAUCUCAACAUGACGGAAUGUGUCGAAUUUUCCGGUGACAUUAUGUUGAAGAAAAAGAAAAUUGAACAAGCUUUGCUGAUUUAUAACAUUGCAAGAAUUCCACCGAUUAAAACAGCUUUGAAGUUGGCGAUGUUCAAUGAGACUUCUGCGUUGAGACAAAUCACAGCAAUGGCUUUGAAGAUAAGUUUCAUCUUAGAGAGUAAACAUCCGAUGUCGUCAUUGAUCGAAGAUUUAUUGAAGAAUGUUGAAGAACGUCAUGAGAAAUGUGAUGUGAUUGUGAAAUGUCUUCGUGAUAAACAUUCAAAGAAGCAUGAAAACUUUGGGAAAAUCAUCAGCGAUUUCUCUUACAGUUCCAACGAGAAUAAUUUUGAAGUUCAGAUGAGUAAUUCAGCACAAUUUCACUUGUCGAAUCUUCUGUUUUUAACGUUAUGUGAACGAUCGGUUAAGGAUAAAAAUCUCAUGCCUUUGUGGAACUUUAUCGUCACGAAUACAAAAUAUCACACAAGUUUAUCGUCAAUAAUUUUAUCGCAAAGUGGUCUUUACUCGACAGCGGUGCUGUUAGCGAUGCAUCGUGGUGCUUGUUUAGAUGUCUUCAGUUGUUUAGUGUCAACUGCUGAUCAUGUUUUGGAUAUCUCAAACGAAAUGAACGUUUUCAUGUACAAUUUAUCCGAUGGAAUAUUUAUGGAAACAAUUAUUUAUCUACAAAACUUUGGACUCGAUUAUUUCGAAGUGAUUCGUACGAAUUUAGAUAAAUUUGAUGAAACUUUAUUGGAGCGAUUAAUGAAUCAACUGAAUCCAUUUGAUCCGAUUUAUCGACCGAUUUUAUUUAAAGUUAAGAACCAAAACAUCAUUAAAGAAGUUGAAAAUAAAUUUCUCGACUUUUGUAAGACUUUAAUUGAAACAUUCAUCUUAGUUCUCAUUAAACUUCAACGUUUGAAAUGUCACAAGGACAACUUCUUAAACUCCUUAAAUAUGUUUCGUGUUACAAGUGAAGAACGUCAAAAUUAUGUAAAAUUGGCAAACUUUUCACCAUUAUCAGCUGGAUUUAGUCAUAGUGGAUGCAUUGUUGAUAAUGCUGUGUACUUAUGGGGACGAAAUGAUGUAAAUUGUGCGAUGAAUCGAAGUGUUUUACAAAGUGACUCAUCCGAGAACGACGUUUUGCCAACGAGAGUUGAUUUCUUUAAAGAUGUCAAUCUCGAUGUGUUGUCAGUUCAUUGUGGUCGAUCCCACACUUUGUUCCUUACCAACAACGGUUUGUAUUCGAUGGGAUUAAAUCAACUUGGACAGCUUGGAAUUGAUCGAAACAUGAAUGUGGCACUUCAGCCGAUGUUGAUUAAAACUCUUGAUAACAAGACCAUCACUCAAAUUUGUGCUGGUCAACAUCACAAUGCAGUUGUCGCCGAUGGUGUUUUGUAUACUUGGGGAUGGAAUAUUUACGGUCAACUUGGUCAUGGUGACAUUAAAAAUGUUCGUGAACCAAAAGUGGUCGAGUUCUUCAAGUCGAUGAAGAUCAAACAAGUCGCUUUGGGUCAAGCCCACACAAUCGUUCUCGCAUAUGACAAAAUCGAUGACAUUAACACAUCGCUUUAUGUUUUUGGCUCGAAUCAUUACGGACAGCUUGGAAUCGGUUUUGGUUGUGAUGAUGGCGAUUCAAAGAAGAAUUUCACAAUCAGCUCAGUGCCUCUGAAAAUAAGAUUUGAAGAAAAUAUUCGCUUAAUUCACACGCAAUAUUUUGUGAAUUUUGCUGUCACUGAUUCUAAUAAACUUAAAACUUGGGGCUUAAGUCCACCGGAAUUGCGAAUUAUAAAUCAAACUAAAAAACGUGCAAAAGCAAAUCAAAAGCUGAAAGAAUCGAUGCAACAAGAUGUGAAGGAAGAAACUUCAACAACAUACGAAAACUCGACAAAUGAAGUUGGAGAAAAUGAAGUAACAACAACAGCAGCGAAUAUUCCUGAAAUAAAAAUUGAUGAAUGUGCGAAUGAUGAUCAACAAGCGUCAACAUCAUCAGCAACAACGGCAAAUGGAGUCGAAGCUGUUGAAGAUGGCAUCGCAACAUCAAUGGAAGAAUACGUCGGUCAUUUGUUUCCUUCAGAAAUCGACACUUAUGAGUUGGACGGUGAAAUUCUUCACAUUUCAAGUGGAAUUUAUCAUUACGCUUUAAUCACCUCAAACUCGACACUUUUUAUGUGGGGAAAGAAUAUCGAACGUCAGUUGGGAAGAGAGAAUGUUAAACCAGACAUCUCGACACCGACACGACAUUUGUCGUUAGAUGAUGUGAAAUAUGUUGAGUGUGGAGCUGAUUUCACUCUGGUUGUGACUGCGGGGAAUGAGUUAAAGUCUUUUGGAAACAAUAACAAUGGACAAUGUGGUGUUGAGAAUAUCGUGGAUAAUAAGCAAACGGGAGUUGGAAAGCUCAUAAGAUUUAAAUCAUCUAAGCGUGUUUUUCGUAUUCCUGAGAGUACAAUGUACUUGCAUUCACCUGUCACUGUGAAAGUUCCGCCUUCAGCACAAUCGCCGAUUAUCAAUUUCUCUUGCAAUCAACCGAUUUGUUACUUAAAGAAUCUUCCAAAGUUCAAGAAAAGUUCCAUUAUUGAGAGCAAUCUCACCAAAUCAUUGAGGAAAGAAAACAUUCAUUCGCUUGAUGACAACAUUUUAAAUAACAAUCGUAAUUCAUUCUCUUCGAUAUCAAGCAUUGCUUCAACAGCUUCGUCAUCUUCAAAGUCGUCUAAUGAUUCGUCAAGUGAAGAGAAUGAUCAGCAAUUGAUGAGAUCAAAUGACUUCGUUCAUUAUUGUCUGUUCUUGUUUCAAGGACUUUACGAGACUUCACAUUUCUAUGAUAAGAAUAUGGACAAGAUUGUUGGAAGCGAGUACAAAAUUCGUGGCUUAAUGCUCAAUUAUAAUUAUAUUGAAGCGUUCAAAAUGGCUUUGACGAAUGAUGGAACAAAUGGAGCGAUGUCGAUCAAAAUCUUUGAAUAUUUUACAACAGAUUCCAACAUCAUCCCUAUGCACACCGACGACAUCAAAUAUUUCAUUUACGAUGUUUUCAUUCACUUCAUUCACAAUCACUAUGAUGUUGGUGAAUUGGAAAAAUAUUUUCUCUACAAUCUUGAUUAUUAUUUCCUUCAAUUGGCAUUCAUACUUUAUUUUUGUGGUACCAAUAACAAUUCGCAACCGAAUGGAUUAGAAAAGCAGCUGUUUGAGAAGUUCAAACAUCUUUACAACAACUACGAGAAUUUUGCUUACUUCGACAGUAAUGAAAUUGAAGCAAUCUUCAAGUCGAUUUCGACGAGCUUUCAUUGUUCACUUUGUCAGAAUAUUUUGAAAUAUUCUGAGAACAUCAAUUGAUAUUUAGAUUAUGGUCGGAUGGAAGAUUUUUUGCAAGCUGGGCUUGUUGUGUAAGAGCUGUUAAUUUUCGUUUUCUUUUAAUUUCUUGGUUUGAUAAUCCAUCGCGACCUUUAACAAAAUUCAUUUCGCUUGCUAAGUACUUAUACAUUUGAUAGAUGUCAGUUUUAUUUCUUUUUCAUAAAACUGUUUAGUACGCUCGAGAUCGAGAAAGGAAAUUUAUUUAUUUUAGCUUUCCCAAAUUUUGAUGGUUGAAAAGCGGAAAAUCAUUUAUAGUUCUGACAAUAUAAACGCGAGUAUAAAGUUAUUUAAAUGAACAUUAAAAUACAUUAGCAAUAGAAGGUAGAAAAGUAAUGGAAAUGAUUUUUUUGAUAGAUCAACAAAUAAUUGGUAGGAAUGAUAAGUCUUGACAUUGUGCAAUGCUUUUACAGGAAAAUAUUUUCUUCAUUUUUAAAGUGAUUUUGUGGAGUGUGAAUACUUAGUAGAGUUUUUAAAAUUUAUUAACAAAACUUUUUGAAUUCACUCACAAUUUUGUAAUUUUAAGAACUUAAAUAUUUUGAUGAUAAAUAAGCAGCACAAGUUUUACAGAAAACAAAAAUAUUUUCACUAUCUUUGUCUCAACUAUAUACGAGAUCAACAGUCAAAUCAUAUUUAUAUAAAAUGAGCAGCUCCUCUUAAUACUCAAGAAAAUAUGUUAAAUAAUCUAACAUUUAAACCAAAAAUUAAACAAAUCAAUUUAACGUUUACAAUACAUAUUUAAUAGUUUAGUUGGAAUGAGCCAUGUUUUAUGUUCCUAAAAUUGGUGUUAAAUAAAAACUCAAGACAAUUCAUAUCUUA